AUGGGAACUCUCACAGAACAGAUCUCAGGACUGGUAGAAAAUACCCUAAAACCUCUAGUCACCAACACUAACAGCUUCAUAAAAGACACAACCGACUUCCUCAACAAACUCAGCCAAAUCACCAAUCUCCCUGCUAACACCAUCCUUGUAACCAUGGAUGUGGAAUCUCUGUACAGCAACAUUCCACAUACAGAUGGCAUCAAUGCCUGCUUCCAUUUUCUCUCUCAUGUCAACAACCAAAAAUACAGCCCCCGAAUUAUCACAGAACUGGCACUAUUUAUCCUCACACAUAACUACUUCACUUUCAACAAUGAGGUUUACCUACAAACCAUGGGCACUGCUAUGGGCACUAAGAUGGCACCCCAAUAUGCUAAUCUGUUUAUGGCAGAUCUUGAACAGAGAUUCCUAGAUAACCAACACACCAAACCAUACAAAUAUUAUCGCUACAUCGAUGAUAUCUUCAUAAUUUGGACUGAAAGCAAAGAAAAACUGAUACAGUUCCAUGACUCUUUCAACACAUUCCAUCCAUCAAUCAAACUAAAAAUGGAAUAUUCCACUAGAUCUGUGAAUUUUCUGGACACAACUGUGACAUGUAAUAAUAGCACAAUCCACACCUCGGUUUACAGAAAACCCACAGACAGGUGCAGUUACCUACACAGCUCCAGCUUCCACCCCUCUCAUACUAAACAGGGCAUCAUCUACAGCCAAGCCACUAGGUACCAUCGCAUAUGCUCUGAUCCUAAUGACCGUAAUUCCCAUCUAAAUGUACUCUCCCAAUCUAUGAGACAGAAAGGCUACAAACCAAAGACUAUUACCAAACAAAUCAACUCUGCUGUAAAAACGCCACGUACGCGCCUGCUACAAUACAGAGAGAAAAAAAUAUGCACACGAGUGCCACUUGUGGUCACCUACAACCCUGAUCUUGAGGAAAUACGGAAAAUCAUCAAAGACCUACAACCAAUAUUAACAGAAGAUGAGACUCUGAAAAACAUUUUCCCUGAAACACCCAUUUUGGCCUUCAGACAACCACCAAACCUACAACAAAAAUUAAUCAACAGGAGGCUGCCCACUGAUG